GGUCACAGGGGAACAAAGCCCGCGUGCACGUACUCAGACACUCGACAUGUUGACCAAGUGCAACUCCUCCAUAUCGUCAGCCAUACGAUUAUGCCUCAACAGAGCGAUGAGUGGCCUUUCUAGAGGCGCAGACGGCGGCGAUUUGCGCUACUUUCUCACUGAGGUCAGCUCGUUCGAUUUCCCGAAGGAAGCUCGUUACUGGAUGCGACAUUUCCAGGAGAAUCGUGACCCAGGAAGGUCGUUUGCAGUCAUUCAGAUUUCGCGCCUUAUCAUUGAUCAGCAACAUAAGUUGGCAAAGGUGUGUGAUGCUAUGGCGUUUCUACAGAGAAAUGGCAUGCCUGUUGUGUUAAUUCAUGGUGUGGAUGACUCUCAGUGUGCUGGCAAGGCCGUACAAUCAAUAAGAGAUCAAAUACGUCAAGACUCCAUCGAACUAAUCGAGUGUCUAUCCAAACGCAAGUGUCACGCACGACCCGUAUUCCUCAUGAACACAAUACAAGCCGAAGAAAGCGACAUCGGCUACACAGUUUCCGGCGUCGACAAGUCAGUACUCGACUGGUGUCUCUCUGGCAGCGUCAACCAGUGCCUACCUGUUGUCGCGUCUCUCGCUGAGACGCAUGACGGACAGAUUGUGAGUCUACCGACAAGUUUAACAACACAAGAGAUUGCUGCUGUGCUUCAACCGAUGAAAGUGAUGUUUCUUGAGUUGGCUGGCGGGUUACGGACUCUUGAAGGGAAGGUUGUGCCGCAAGUGCAGUUUUUUGGGCGACAUUGCGAUGUGCAGUCUGAGCCGUGGUUUACUGGCGAUGUUUGUGAGAUGGUUUCUUGGUUUUCACAUCUUUUGGAAAUGCUUCCUCCUCGGUCAUCAGCUGUAAUAACGAGUCCAGACAAGCUGCUCCAGGAGCUCUUUACGCAUUCUGGAUCUGGUACAAUAUUUCAGAAGAGAGAACCAAUCAAUAGGAUUAGAUCAUUAAAUGAUGUUGAUCUGGGAAGGUUCCAGAGUCUUUUAGAAAGAUCAUUCCAACAGAAAUUAAAUUCUCAAUAUUUUGAUCGCUUGGACGAACGACUAGAUUCCAUCUACUUGUCCGAUGGAUACUCACAAGCCGCAGUGAUAACGAAAGAGCCAGCAGCCAAUGAUUUUUACUAUUUGGACAAGUUUGUUAUCGGCCAGAGUCUACGUGGAGAUGGCAUUGCAACGAUUUUAUGGUCUCAAAUUCGUCGUGAUUACUCAAAUCUCUUCUGGCGAUCGAAGAUUGACAAUCCUAUUAGAAACUGGUAUUUUCAGAAAGCUGAAGGCAGCUGGAAGGAUGAAGAGUGGAUUAUAUAUUGGUAUGGCAUCAACAACAGAGACUACUUAAACCAACUGAUCCAUCAUGCUAUAACAAUGGACCAAUCAUUCGGAAUCUGUUCGUAGACACACCAAACACACUAAGAAAGUCAUCUAACAUCUAACAGAGAAGAAAGAAACAACACAUUUCCAUUGAGCUUUCACUUAGAUUAUUGCAUGAUUUAGAGACAGAGAUAACGCUUAAAACAUCACGUGACUGGUCACGUGUUAGUUUAACAUCCGGUAAUUUGUUAAUUAAUUAAUUAAUUAAUUAGACAGUUUUUGUAACGUAACUACCUUAUGUAGAGAUACUCGAAACUUACUCGAUCAAGAGACGCUACCAACCAAUUGUUGCAUUCUUCGUUGUCGAGUAAUGUUGCGCGAAGCAGCGGUGUGUGACGU